CCUGCGAGGUUGUGUGCUCCUAGUCGGGCCGCUUGUUUGGCUGCUGCCGUCACCUCAUGGCGACGCGUAUAGAAGAAGCAGCGCGGGGAAGAGGCGGUGGUGCCGAGGAGGCGACUGAGGCCGGACGGGGAGGACGGCGACGCAGCCCGCGGCAGAAGUUUGUGAUUGGCACAAUGGAAGAAGCUGGAAUGUGCGGGCUAGGAGUGAAAGCGGAUAUGUUACAUAAUUCUCAGUCAAACGCUAUUCUUCAACAUCAAGACUCAAGUUAUGGUGGCACAAAUAACAAGCAUUCACUGGAAGAGGAUGAAGGCAGUGACUUUAUAACAAAGAACAGGAGUUUGGUGAGUCCAGCGUACUGCACACCAGAGGCAAGAGAGGAGAUUCCUGGGCGAGAAGCUCGAACAGAUCCCCCUGAUGGUCAGCAAGAUGCAGAGUGCAGCAGGAACAAAGAAAAAGCCUUAGGAAAAGAAGUUUUAUUAUUGAUGCAAGCCCUAAACACCCUUUCAACUCCAGAAGAGAAGCUGGCAGCUCUCUGUAAGAAAUACGCUGAUCUCCUGGAGGAGAGCAGGAAUGUUCAGAAGCAAAUGAAGGUUCUGCAGAAGAAGCAAGCCCAGAUCGUGAAAGAGAAAGUUCACUUGCAGAGUGAACACAGCAAGGCUAUCUUGGCGAGAAGCAAAUUGGAGUCUCUUUGCAGGGAACUUCAGCGUCACAACAAGACAUUAAAGGAAGAAAAUAUGCAGCAGGCACGAGAGGAGGAAGAAAGACGUAAAGAAGCAACUGCACACUUCCAAAUUACUUUAAAUGAAAUCCAAGCACAGCUGGAACAGCAUGACAUCCACAAUGCCAAACUCCGCCAGGAAAACAUUGAACUGGGAGAGAAACUGAAGAAGCUCAUUGAACAGUACGCACUGAGGGAGGAGCAUAUUGAUAAAGUGUUCAAACAUAAGGAACUGCAACAACAGCUUGUGGACGCCAAACUUCAGCAAACGACACAGCUAAUAAAAGAAGCUGAUGAAAAACAUCAAAGAGAGAGAGAGUUCUUGUUAAAGGAAGCAACAGAAUCGAGGCACAAAUACGAACAAAUGAAGCAGCAAGAAGUACAACUAAAACAGCAGCUUUCUCUUUAUAUGGAUAAGUUUGAAGAAUUCCAGACUACCAUGGCAAAAAGCAAUGAACUAUUUACAACCUUCCGGCAGGAAAUGGAAAAGAUGACAAAGAAAAUUAAAAAACUGGAAAAAGAAACAAUAAUAUGGCGCACCAAAUGGGAAAACAACAACAAAGCUCUUCUGCAAAUGGCUGAAGAGAAAACUGUCCGUGACAAAGAAUAUAAGGCCCUUCAAGUAAAACUGGACCGGUUAGAGAAGCUGUGCAGGGCUCUUCAGACAGAGCGGAACGAGCUCAAUGAGAAGGUGGAAGUCCUCAAGGAGCAGGUUUCGGGGAAAGGGGCCGGUGCGGACGCGGCGCCUCGUGUGACACAGCCCUGUGCUGGCGCCCCGCUUUCUCCCCCGGAGCUGAGCACAGCCUCGAACAGGGGCCCCCAAGGCCCUGCAGAGGCGGCGCCCAAGGCCGCAUCCCCAGGCGCCGGGCCAGCCAUCGAGUCAGUGGACUGAGAAAGUAUGAUCACUGUACUGAGAGCUCUAUUUUGUGUAUAAUUUUCUCUGUUAGUAGUAACUAUUGGUUUUGUGGUGAAAAUUUUCUUACUUUUUCUACCAUAUCUGUAUUUUCUUAGAACUACUGGACUUCUGUGGUACAGAAGGCUGCUUAGCAGUUUUGAAUAGUUUUACUCGACUACGUUUUCCUCAGCUGUGUGGCACAUCAGCCUCAUUGCCCUUCAUUGGAAUGCAUGUGGUCACUGCCCUGUCCUUUCUUCCCUGCUCCUUGCACAGAAUCAUCCUAAUUAAAAUUUCACUCAAGACAGGGCUGACCAUUACAAGGGAACUUUGUUCUGAUGUGAAACAAUAUUCAUUAUAUUCAUUUAAACAUCCUGCCUCCCCAUCAAUAUUAAUCAAAAAAUAUGAAGAUGAUUAGUUUUGUCUAAUAGCCCAUUUAAAUCCCAAGUAAGAAACAAAAUUCUAGGGUUGGACCAGAAACAAACAGCAUAUUUGAUUUUUUGAUAUUUGUAUCACUUGACAAAUUGAGAUCAGGCCACAACCCUCAAAAUUCCUGUUUUGGCAAAACAUAUACAUAAUGGCAUCACUUCUAAACAAAGUAGUAUAUACAGGCAAAUCACCAGACAUACAGGCCUAAUGUUUGUGUGACUAACAACAGUCAUACUGCUUUGGCUUCAGGUUACAUAGUUAGAACCAGUGCUGAAUUUGGACCACUCGGAUGCUUCUGAGGGGUAGGUGCUUUCUGUUUGCUUUCCAUUGGGGAUUUGGAUACACAUCUUCCACUUUCCAAAGAAAGCAGUCACUGAUAGUCCUCUUUCGUCAGUUGAAGACAAUGUGUAGCUUUCAUUAAGCAAAAGUCCCUCCACUGCCUUCUGGCUACUUGAAAUUGGUUGGUGUUCAACUGUUAUGAGAGUCCCACCAGUCAAGUUCUCUAGGUUAUCUUAAAGGGGGAUUUCAUUGGCUCAUACUAACAAACUUUCAUUUCCCAAAGAGACCAGAACUAACCUUUUUAACUUUGGGAAAACUUAGCAGAAUUAAGUAGUCAGAAUCUAUUACAUAUGCUUUCAGUCUGUUUCUCACCGUUUUCUUAGUUGCUGUUUUUUAUUUUUAAAGAAAAAAACCAGUAUUAUCAAGCUCUAUACUUGGAAUGCGGGAACUUAUCAAAAUUAAGCACAUCACUUUUGGAUUAACUUUGUUUACAGUGUUGAAUAUGGUUAAGUUAUGCAAAUAGUUCAUCAGGCUUCAGUGAUGCAAGUUUUGACUCUGUCCCUAGUAUAAUUCGCAUUGAAAUACUUUAUGAAAUAAAAAGGCUCCACUAGAACUGAUGUUAGCACAUUCCACUGAGGAAAACUAUCACACUGACACUUUUUAAAUUGCUUACUGGACUGAAUAAACUCUGUUCUGUCCAGUUCAAGGGGUUUUCUCUAUGUUAAAGUUUUAUUUGUAAAGUCCUGUCACAUUUAUGAUCUAAACUAGGUUGCAAGAAUUGAAAAUUGUCCAAUAGAUAGGGAAACAGCGCCUGGAGUGGAAGAUUAAAGCUUCCACCAUCCGUCAUGUUAAUCAAGGGGCAGGACAGUGGAGGAAAAGAAAUCCACAAAGUAGGUUAAUCACUCUCAGCAUGGACUGAAAGCAGAAACAUACUCUCCCUCCAACAGCCUCUUAGAAAUACCCCCGACUACUAACUGAAACAUUGGACUCAUUUUCCCAGGAGGAAAUGUAGAUAGAUAUAUAUAUAUAUAUAUACAUAUAUAUACAUAUAUAUAUAAAUAUACCAGGGGUGCCAAAAAAAAUCCAUACACAUGACUUGUAUUCAUCUUUUGUUACCGGUAUAUAAUUUUAAUGCAAUUCUUUUCCUUUCUUAAAAUGUGUAUGCAUUUUUUUGGCACCCUCUGUAUAUAGAUUUUAUAUAUAUGUGUGUGUGUAUAUAUGUAUUUCUUAUAUAUCUACUUUAAAAUUAGUACGAAUGAUCACAUUUCACAAGAAUUCUGCUGGACGUAUAGCUCUUAAUGUUUUAAGCCAUUUGUGUAGCCCACCACAUCUCUGUGGUGCUUGUGCUGUGUGGAAGAUUGUAACUCUUGAACCUGUUGCCUAUUUUCAAGGGCUUUAUAAAGCAAUGUGAUUAACAGUACUUGGCCUGCUGCUUUUGGCUUACACUAUGUAUUUUUAGCUAGAUGCUGUCAUGGUGUUUAAAGGAUAUGGAUUCUGUCUGGGAUGCGGUUGGUGUCCUUUCAGAAUCUGUCCUAUUAUCCUGUGAAUAAAAACAAAUGGGACCCUCUGAGGUCACCCCCUAAAGCAAUCACCUCACCAGCCCAGUGUUGUGGCUUUGUAGCACGCCCUGUUAUAUCUACCAUAUUCUAGAACACUGUAAUGCUACUAGGCUGGCUCAGAGAAGGUUUAAAUCUCAAAAUCACUUCAAUUGCAUUUGUUGCACCGUCAUGGAGUCUUGAUGUGUAUUAUUUAUAGUGGCAGUAGACUCCUAGGUGUAAAGAAAACUUGGGUCUUGGAAUAAUGGACCAUUUCAUCCUCAGACUUGUAGGAGUACAUUUCUUGGUCUUGAGACCAGUAUUUUUUAGUUAUGUAUGCAACUGCCUUUAUUACACCUGGUUAUCACAAUUCAGUUCUCAGGUGUUGCAGAAAAAUCUACCUCUUUCAGACUGUAGAUGGAAAUAACUGUGAAAAAAUGAUGCAGAUAUCUUCUAGUUUGUGCUAAACACACUGCUUUAUUUUUACAGCCCACGUCUUUCAUGAGGAUACAAAUUGUUAAGAGGCAGUCUUGUUUUGCUUUUCAAAGACAUUUUGUAGAGAUUUUUCACUAAUGUGAAUCUGAUUUUAUCUACUCGAUUCUGUAUAGAUUAAGUAAAUAUGUAUGAUAAAUUUAA